UUUUAGACUGUGAGAGAGAGAGUUCAUCGGUUUGCUUCCCGCCUUUUUGUGGUUCGGCACCUGCUUCAAGGCAUCCGCCAUAGCCAUCCAACGAGCUUUACCUUCACUUAGCAGUGGAAUACAAUAGAGAGUGUAUCGCAGCAUAAAAGAGAAGGAUGUGCGGAAGAGCCCGUUGCACUCUUCGAUCCGAUGACAUUUCCAGGGCCUGCCACUGCACCGGCGGCCCUAUCCGCAGCCUCAAUAUGGACCGUUUUCGUCCGCUGUUCAAUGCCUCCCCUGGCUCGGAUUUGCCGGUUGUUCGUCGAGAUGAUGAAUCUGGUGGCGGAGGGGUCGUCCUCCAGUGCAUGAAAUGGGGGCUGAUUCCUAGUUUUACUGGGAAAUUAGAGAAACCUAAUUACUUCAAGAUGUUCAAUGCUCGCUCAGAGUCUAUGAGUGAAAAGGCCUCUUUUCGCCGUUUAGUUCCCAAAAGAAGGUGCCUUGUGGCUGUGGAGGGGUUCUAUGAGUGGAAAAAGGAUGGAUCAAAAAAGCAGCCGUAUUAUAUUCAUUUUAAGGAUGGGCAGCCACUUGUUUUUGCGGCUUUAUAUGAUUCUUGGGAAAAUCCUGAAGGUGAAUUACUUUACACUUUUACCAUUCUUACAACUUCCUCAUCUCCAGCUUUAGAGUGGUUGCACGAUAGGAUGCCUGUAAUUUUGGGCGACAAAGAACGGAUCGAUAUGUGGUUGAAUGAUUCUUCAUCGUCCAAGUAUGAUAAUGUCCUCAAACCAUAUGAAGCUCCUGAUUUGGUAUGGUACCCUGUCACUCCUGCCAUGGGAAAGCUAUCAUUUGAUGGGCCGGACUGCAUUAAAGAGAUACAGUUGAAGACUGAUGGAAAUAACCUCAUAUCCAAAUUUUUCUCGGCAAAGGAAACAAAAAGGAACCUUCAGACUCACAAGAGAAAACUUCCUGUAACACAUCUGUGAAGCCCGAGCCAUCUCAAAAUCUGGAAGAACACAAAAGAGAUGAAGAUCAUGUAGCUUCUUCCUGCUCCAUUCGAGACAACAAAUCAGAGGAUAGUCUUG